ACGCCUUGGGAGACUUCAGGGAUCAGAGAGGAGGCACCAGAGCUUGCUUGGGUCUGUCCCUUCCUCUCCUUCACCCAUAUCUGAGUUGGCUCCUGAGACAACGGGUCUUGAUAAGAACUAGUUUGAAGACUUCCGUAAGACCUUCAUUUCUCUCCGUACCUCUCACUUCCCCAGCUGCUCUUGUCAAGGAUUUGGGACUCAUUUCGGAUCAACUUUCUGCUCUAGAAGGAUCUCAGUCUGCCAUGAAGGAUUUUCUCAUUCUCGUGCUCUUGAGUGCAACUGGACUUAUUGUGGAAAAUGUUUCUAACGAAAAGAAAAAAGCCCAAGAUGAUUUUACUAUUCCUUACAUGGUCUAUCUGAAAUCCACCCCAGAGCCCUGUGUUGGGUGUCUCAUCCACCCCCAGUGGGUAUUGACAGCUGCCCACUGCCCCUUACCCAUCAAAAUUCGACUUGGAGUUUAUCAACCCAGCAUCAACAAUAAAAAAGAGCAGGUACAAAAUUAUUCAUUGACUAUGAUUCACCCUGACUUUGAUACAAACUCUCUGGAAAAUGACCUGAUGAUGAUAAAACUCUCCAAACCUGUGGCACUCAACAAGUAUGUGGGGACUAUUGCCAUAGCGUUGGAGCCCAUCUCAUCUAACGAGUCCUGCUUCAUCCCCACCUGGACUUGGAAUGACUACAAAAACUUCAGUGACCCAGAUAUCCUGACAUGGAUAAGCCAACAUCCUCUUUCUGCCAGUGAUUGCCAGGAUGUGCUCCAACAAGAAGAAGAACCAAAACCAAAAUUAAACAUCAUGUGUGUGGGACAACCUCUAAGCCUCAUAACUAAAGUAAAGGAAGUUUCCGCUGCUCCAGCCAUCUGCAGUGGGAGGUUGCAUGGAAUCUUGACCUGGGCAAAAGCAGGUUAUACUCUGGGAAAUGAGGGAUUCUUUACGGAAAUUUAUGCCUAUUCAAGAUGGAUCAUGAAAAUCAUGGAAUCCUAUUGAGGUGCCUGUCCCCCAUCCCCUCAGUCUGAUCUCUUCAUGUUUUCUACACUGGAUCUACAAUUCUUCAUCUUUUCUCUUCAUGAACAUGGUUCAAGGGGAAUAUAUUCAAUAAAAACAAAAAGGCACCAGAAA